AUGGGUGAAGGGUGCAAGGUUUUUGUUAUGGUUGAAGGGGCUAUGGUAUUUAUGGUUGGUUUCCAAGCAAUCGCAGAAGCACUUGGAUUGGCUGCUGUGAAGGCCAUUGUUUCUAUUACUGCCAUAAUUGCUGGAGGACGAUUGUUAUUUCGUACAUCUUACUAUGGGAACUGCUCUAUAGCUUCUGACAAAGCCGAUCAAGAAUUUCAGUUUUUACUCAAGGAUUUCUACUUCGGCCAAUUUACAAGCAAAUUGCAGAGAAUCAAAAUGCGGAAAUAUUCUCUGCAAAUACACUUCCUUGUCAUUCUGAGGACUAGUGUCCUUACUGCCAGGGCUGGCCUUUCCAUGGCACUGGGAGCAUUUUUGGUUGGUUUGCUCCUUGCGGAAACUGAAUUUUCAUUACAGGUUGAAUCUGAUAUUGCUCCAUAUCAUGGCCUUCUAUUGGGUGUCUUCUUUAUGACAGUUGGAAUGUCCAUUGAUCCAAAACUUCUUAUUUCAAAUUUUCCUGUUAUGAUGGGGACAUUGGGACUUUUAAUUUGUGGCAAGGCCUUGUUGGUUGCAUUAGUUGGCAGAAUUUUUGGCAUUUCUAUAAUAUCUGCAAUAAGAGUUGGUGGUCUUCUUGCGCCUGGUGGAGAAUUCGCAUUUCUGGCUUUUGGUGAUGCUGUCAAUCAGGGUAUAAUGUCUUCCCACCUGUCAUCUUUGUUGUUUCUUGUGGUGGGGAUUUCAAUGGCCAUCACGCCAUGGUUAGCUGCUGGAGGCCAAUUAAUAGCCUCUCAUGUUGAGCAGCAUGAUGUGCGAAGUUUAUUACCUGCAGAGAGUGAGGUGAAAUACCUAACUUAUGUGCUUAUUACUGAUAUGUGGAGCAAGCAUUUGUACCAUAGUCUGCAGAAUGUUGUUUAA